GUCGUGUGAUGAAUCGACACUCAUUCUUCGGUGUACCGUUCGCGAGUGAGGACGUCGUUAUCAUGUCUGAUCUUACACUCACAGCAGCAAGACUGCAGAACUUUUACAAUUAAAUUUUUCCAAUAAGACAUACAAGUGGAAAUUAGUGCUUGAACGUACUCACUUGUGUAAAAUUUACAAGUUUCUCGGGGACGAAGAUUUAAAUUUAAAAAUUAUCCUUUUAAUAAUCAGACAUGAAAAUUAGUAAUCAGGGAUAAAAAUGGAAGAAACAGUGGCACUGAUCAAGUCGUGCGUAAUUUCAAAGAAAGGCGGCGUAUCAGUUGAAGACUUAGACGAUGAGUUUCAAACUCUCGUCGGAGAAUCCAUUCCGUAUCGUAGAUUGGGAUUUUCGAGUAUACGUUCAUUUUUGCGAAUUAUAGACGGUUUGGAAACAAUUCGGGAUGCUUUCGGCACCGAGAUGCUAAAGAUCAAUGAUUCUAAGAUAUCUCAUAUCGACAAACUUAUACAAAGGCAAAAAGUGGAUUAUUCCAAGACAAGAAACAAAUACUAUAAACAAUUUAUGCGAAAUGAUGGCAAUCUUAGAUACAAUAACGACGAGCGUAGAGAAAAGAACAGAUUAUAUUUUAAUGCUAAUCGCGCCAAUAGACGAAACGAAAACUUCGCUUGGCGUCGCAAUCCAAAUUUACUUGGGACCAAUGGCGUUUGUAACAAUUACUUCUUACAUGAAGAAGCAGAAAAUCAUCAUCCGAUAGUGAUAGAAACAAAUGAAAUGAAAAAAUAUGACCACAUAUAUGAACCUGUCGCAAACGGCCAACAAUUGCUUGGCGACGAUUUCUUCCUGCAGCUAGCAAUACGGAAUCUUCAUCUCCCUAUUUGGAGAUUCAAGGAUAGCUUAGCUUUGCACUGUGGAUUAUGUAUUUCCGGACAGACUAUUAGCGACUGUACUCAGAUUUUGAGGAAUGUUAGUGCCAUCUCCAAUCGUGUUGUAAUUCUGCUUGGCUCGGUUGACGUUUAUAACAACGCCACUUGCGACGAGAUGAUAGACGAUAUGACGGAACUCUUGGAAGUCCUCCGGUCUAAAUUUCAUCUCUCAAACACGGCCAUCACUAUCUGUACACUUCCACCUUUGGCCAAUCUCAGCAUGUACGCUUAUAAGAAACAAACCAUGGCCCUGCUUUCCUUCAACAAUUGGAUAAGAUCCCUGGCGGACGAUCCGUCUAAAAGAGAGUCCUCUUUUGUCAACUAUCCUGUAAUAGAUUUGUUUGAAAUGUUCUGCUGUGACGAGACAUACACCACAAACUACGACUGGUUUCAAACCCAAGCUCGUAGAGUGUCUGGCACUAAACGUUCCUACGUGCUAUGGAAUGCCAAUGGACGGAAGCGAGCUAUGAACCUCAUCUGCGAAGACGAAAACACGGAUCACUCCGGGAGUCCCAGGUCAUUGCCGAUGCAAUGAGUUAGCUGGGAACUUCUAUUAUAUGAUAAACAUCGUGUAAGAAAAGAAGCAGAACGGUACACCAGAAAGGCCUUAUUCGCCGUUUUCACGGCGAAGAACGCUUUAUCGAGGAACUUCCAAGGUGUACCCUCCCGCUUCCUUCGUAAAUGUGUGUGUUAUGUGUACGUACCGCAAACAAGUCCAGAUCACGUAUAUAUUUGAGUCUUAUUCUGUCUACGAAGGAAAAAAAAAUUGUGUUCUCCAUCCGGAUAAAUCGCUUCGUUGCGUCUAAUCGAACGGCCGCUUUGCGCGAGAGAUUAAACGAGAGAUUAACUCGACGAGCAAUAACCGGAUAUAUGGUCCCAGCAUAACGUCUCGGUAUGUUUAUGUACUCAAACGGUCGACAGUUACCUGUAGACCUUUGGCAUAUAACCAGAUCCUAUAUCCACGGACGAAAUCACUUUCGUUUUCAAGCCAUUGGCUUUGGAUUUUGCUUACCCAAUUUCAAAACUGAAUUGGAGACAUUUACAUAUAUACUUCCAGCUAAAAGGCAUUGUAAUUUUACCUCACACCGGGGUGCUUAUUAUCGGGACUCUGUAUAGUGCCGUCUUCUACCAAAGAGCGACUCAAGUACAACCAUUGCCAUAGAUUCUUUUUCGUCGUUAUUUAAAAUGGAUAAUUUGCUGAAUCGUCAAAAUUGUUAAAAGUUGGAUGAUAAUUAGAAGCAAGGCGAGGUAAUACAUAUGUCCUUGUAUACAUACGUGGUAUACAAGUGUAGUUUAAAUUGUAUAUUUGCUUUCAAAUGGACGCCAAGUUAACCGUCAAAUUUAAUUUCGUUUGUUUACGUUUCAAGGAAAUGUUGACGCAUACUUAAAAUUUACACCAAGUGUUAAGAUGUCUCCUGUUCGCGAUUUGUGCCGUACCUGCUUCGUGGCAUCGGGAAAGCUUUAAACGACCGUUCCGCAACGAGUGUCCGUGUCCGUUGAAUUAAGUAUGGUGUAUUUUUAUAAUUAAAUGCGGGUAAUUUGAAAAUGACACGCGUACUUUCUCGGAGGAAUGUUAACUCGUCCUAGCGAACGAAAUUCAACAGCAAACUUUAAUCGCAACCCUUGCCACGUGUUUAAGGUUAACUUUUUCUACGAAUAUUACUAGUUAAUUACUAAUCUUACAACUUUCAUAAGUUAAAGUUUAAAUAACCAUCACACAAUAUCGAUGCAAGAAAUUCCUAAAUUUCUUCCAUUGUUUCUAAACGUUAAAUGUAUGGAUUUCAAAAUGUUGCGAUUAUUAUAGAUUUAACAGGAGGUCAGUCAUUUUCAAUGUUAAUAAAUUUACGGUCAUAUUUCAAGAAACAUAAUCAAACGAAAUUUAACGAAUUGCAAAUUAUUCGAUAAAAUAAUUUAUUUUUUUGCAAAGAAAUUAAUCAUGAGAAGGAAUAUUUAUUAGAGGUGCAGGUCACGUAUUUCUUUGUGUUUGUGCAUGUAAAUUAUUUAGUUGUUCGAAACAUUUUUCUUUUAUGUUCUGUAUUUUAUGAUACACUAGCGUUUUAUGUAUUGUAUUUCAUAUAGCAAGCAAGUUUACAAAAUCUAAUAUUAAAUUAAAGAAAUUGAAUGGUAAAUUAAUUUCAUAUAUUAACAAAUGAAAUUAAAUUGUUUAAAUGUGAUUUUGUUAAUAAUUCGUCGAGUUGCGACAAGUUUUGUUAAGUAGGCAAGAUAAUUGAGUUUUUAAAUCAAUUCUUCGAUUAACCCAGCGAGAAAUGACUCGUCGAUCGAGGUCAAAACGAUGUCGAAUCGACGUCAAUUUGCCGGCGUCGAGAUCGAUUCGAAAUCUUUUCGACGUCGAUCGACGGAUCGUUUCUCGCUGGGAAGCUUAAGAAGCGUAGUCUUCACGAUUUAAAAAGUAGUAGAAUUUUAAUUCAAAGUUUACGGAUUAUGAAACAGGAAUAUAGCGUUUUCAAGUUGAUCUUGGAUAACUUUAGGAAUGAAUGCGAGAGGUUUUUUUAGCGAAAAGAAAGCGUACAUUUGUUAAUACAUUGAGACGUGCAAUUAAACAAAUUGUGAUAGCAAUUGCUGAAAGAAUGCAAGUAAUAUAAAUGCGAUAUAUACGUCAAUUCUAUUUAUAAUAUUGAUAAUGUAACUAAUUCUUAAGUAGACACGUGUCAAAAUGUAAUAGGGCGCAUGUAUUGUGAUCAAUAAAUCGCGAAUACAUAUAAUU